AUGUCUUCGGCGAGCCAGUCGAGCUGUGUCAUCAACUGGGCGGUACCCCGGAGACGUACACAGCCGUUUUUCCGAGGAAAUGUGGAGCAGAUACAGUGUGAAUAUGAGCCACUCUUGCACGCCCCUAGACGUCAACAGGCUGGCGGUUUGACGGCAAUAGCUGCGCGCGCCUGUCACUUCGCACCAAACUCCCACAGGCCUUAUCUCUUGGCGGAUGCCCAGCGCUGUAACCGUAUUCGAUACAGGUCGGAGGGACAUCCCACAAAGCAUCACGCGCCCUGUCGUGAUGUGGAUCGAACAGCGGGCACCGCGAUAGGGACAGACAGGAGCGUAAGCCAUGAAUCUGUUGAACUUCCUUUCAUUUGCGCCCGACGAGUGUCAUCGGUACCCUGUCCAUGCCAACGUACCCUGCGGAUCAGUCCUGUGGGGAAGACAAGUGGAUGCGAGCAAGCUGUGCCCCAACGCUUCUGUCGAGGCCUAUCGCAGAAGCUCUCAUCACUGUUGUCAGACGGCACCGAGAGAAGCUCCACGACAGACGAAACCGAUGUUUCAGAAUGCUUGCCAGCUACGGGUAAUCGGCAAGUACCGAAGAGUGAUGACGAAGAAACAUCUAGUGUAGAACUAACCACCCCGACUUCCACAUCAGUGCGUACUCACGCAAUAGCUGAAGAGCGUCUCCUCUUUAAAUCAGCCGGUGUGCGGAAAACGAGUACGAAGCUCGAGUCUUCUUGCACACAAUGUGAAGCGCCCACCAUUCUCAAGGCAAGACGUCUCGACGACAUUUCUUUAGGAAUGAAUGCAGGAAUAGCACAUGAUGCAGCGAAGAGGAGUUCUCCCGACGCAGAGUUACGUGGAUGGGAUGAAGAUGACCUCUUGAGCAAACUGUUUAUUCAGGUUCUUUGA